AUGGAUGUAAUUGAACCAAUACAGAAACUUCCAUAUGAUAGAGAGCAACUUGACUAUUUGUCCAAAAACGCUUUUUUGAAAAACCCUAUGACUUUUCACACUGAAGAAAAACCAUAUCAAUGUGAAAUUUGUUUGAAGUCAUUUUCUACAAACAGUCAUUUGAAAACCCAUAUGACCACGCAUACUGGGGACAAACUGUAUCAAUGUGAAAUUUGUUUUAAGUCAUUUUCUACAAACAGUAAUUUGAAACAACAUAAGAGAACGCAUACAGGAGAAAAACCAUAUCGAUGCGAAAUUUGUUCGAAGUCAUUUUCCUUUUCAAAUAAUUUGAAAGAACAUAUGAUAACGCACUCUAAAGAAAAACCGUAUCAAUGUGAAAUUUGUUUAAAAUCGUUUAGCCAAGAUUGUUACUUAAAAAAACAUAUGAUAGUCCAUACUGGAGAAAAACGGUACCAAUGUGAGUUGUGUUCGAAGUCGUUUUCUACAAACAGUCAUUUGAAAGAACACAUGAGAACGCAUACUAGAGAAAAACCCUAUCAAUGUCAAACUUGUUCGAAAUCGUUUUCCCAAUCAGCUAGUCUACGGAUACACAUGAGAUGGCAUACUGGUGAAAAGUCUUAUCCGUGUGAAAUUUGUUUCAAGUCGUUUUCCCAAAAUGGCUAUUUAAAGGCCCACCUCAGAAAUCACACUGGCGAAAAACCAUAUCAAUGUGAAAUUUGUUCGAAGUCGUUUUCUGUUUCAAAUAAUUUGAGGGUACAUAUGAUAACGCACUCUAAAGAAAAACCGUAUCAAUGUGAAGUUUGUUUGAAGUCGUUUGCCCAAAAGUAUACUUUAAAAGUACAUAUGAGAGUUCACAGUGGAGAAAAACCGUAUCAGUGUAAAAUUUGCAAUAAAGAUUUUUCCCAAUCAAGUAAUUUAAAGGAACAUAAUAUGUCUCAUAUUAUGAGAAUCCAUACUGGAGAAAGUAUUGUACCGAACUUACAGUUAAAAUAA